AUCACUUCCCUCUACACUCACCCUCCAAGAUUUUCCCAGGAUUGUCUCCUUGGACAAGCAGCUCCAAGGUCCCAAAUCCGUCAAACCCGCCGCGUCCACAAACCGAUUCCUGUAGCCCAGGGUGAAGAUGGAGGAGACCUCGGAGAAGACCCGCGUGCGGCUGGCGGAGGUGGUCUCCGACUGCGUCAAGCGGUGGUUUCAGGACAUCCUCAAGGAGGCCAAAACCGGUGACAGCGCAUUGCAGGUCUUGGUGGGUCAGAUGUAUUGCAGUGGCUAUGGUAUCCCUAGACACACCCAGAAGGGACGAGCUUGGAUUAGUAAAGCUUCAAAGAGUCGAUCUUCUGUGUGGAAAGUUACAAUGCUAGUGAUUUCGAUUCAGAUGAUGUGAAGAAUGAUGCGAAGUAGGAUUAAAUGUUCGUUCUUGGUGAGUCGAAUCCUCUCCCAUUUUUAUUGUUUUUGUUGUACUUUCAAAUAUUUACCUGAUUUUCUUUUAUUUGACAUGGUAUUGCAUGAAUUUGGGAUAUGAGUAUAUAUGGUGAUGUACUCACCAAUUCUUAAUUUGUAGGAGGUGUUUGUAUUUUUGUUCUGCCUUCUUAUUUCAUGAUGCAAACAAAAUUAGGUAACCUGGAGAACUUAUCUUCUGGCUAUGAGUCAUGACUUAUGAUCUUCAAACUCACGUCUUCCUUCGAUAAGAAGGUGCUUCAAAGAUUUUAAACUCCCAACACACGCAAAGCUUAGGCGUGUUUAUUGUGCAAGAACUGGCAAAUUCAGAGGAAAUUCUGGAGGAAUCCUACAAUCGAAGGGUGGUGCUCGCCCUGUAUGAAGCCUUAAGCGCUCUAGACGUCGAAACCGUCCACAAGCUCCUCGCCGCCGACCUCGAGUGGUGGUUCCAUGGUCCGCUGUCCCACCAGUAUAUGAUGCGACUGCUCACCGGCACUACCUCGCCGAAAAAAUCCUUCGAAUUCGAGCCCCUCUCCGUCGCCGAUUUCGGAUCAACCGUCCUCGUCGAGGGCUGCGAUCUCAGCCGUUCAAUCUCUUGGGUCCACGCCUGGCCUGUCGCUGAUGGGAUAAUUACCCAGGUCAGAGAGUUCUUAAACACGUCCCUCACUGUGACCCGCUUCCGGAACACAAACCAAUCAUCACCGUCCAAUUAUCCAUCAUUAUCAUCGAUCAACUGUCUCCACUGCACAUCCGUUUGGGUGAGCAGGCUUCCGGGUCGGGUCGGAAAAUCAGUGUCGGGUCGGAAAAUCAGUGUCGGUUGUUGUUCUGGCAAUAUAAGUAAUCUGUGUGAUUAGGUGCGGCCGGACGUAGUGUGACAUCGUAGUACAGAAUAAAGGGUACAACCCAGUGCAGCGUGUGAUUUUUUUUUUGCCACCCAACAAACAAAGAAAACACAAAAAAGGAAAACAAAAAAACAAAACCAACCCACUAAGCCCCAUGGUCCAGAGUAUCCAGAUCAAUAGCCUUCAGCACCUCGGAUGGCCAAACAUCCCAACUUACAUCACUAGAUUGAAAGGCCAUUGUCAAUUGACUGAUAAUGUGAGCAACUGAAUUGUUACCCCUUGGCUUCCACCCAAGUCGAAAAUGAGAAUUUUUCUCCAUCAUGAAUUGGAUAUCUUCCCUUAAAGGAAAUGAGAGGGAGUCCUGAGGAUGGGUAGAAAUGAUGGAUAAGCAAUCACCUUCUAUAUCUACCUUAUCAUAACCCCAUUGAAAUAGCAACUUCAAUCCUUCACGGAGAACUCAAGCCUCAGCGACCUUUGAACUGGCCACAUAAAAAGUAAAAGCCGAUACAAUUCUUGUUGGAUUACUGGCAGAAUUUCUCACAAUAAGGCCACCGCCAGCUACUUUUGAAAAAGAGCCAAGGUUGCAGCGUGUGAUUUACAUAUGGGCUGAAUAUCUCUAGUUUCCGUUUAUUGGGCGUUUUAUUGUAAGGGAGUGUUUGGUUGUAGUGUUUUUUUUUUUUGUGCGUCAAGUUUGUGUGGGUGACCAAUAUGGUGGAUGUGAAAGGCAAUUGGUUCUUUCCUGAUGUGCGUGCUUUGUGGUGUGUUUGUCGUCUAAUAAAAAAGCUUAUUUUAUUUGAUUGGCUCG